GAGGGAGGAGGCAUAUCGCAGGGCCCGUGUCAUUGUUGUAAUUUAUCGGUCUAAAAAGGGCAUAAUUGCACAACAAAGUAACCGUUGGAACCCUGCUGCCGCCCCGCCCUCUAUAAAUUUAGCCGGAUGCCCAAUUACAAGACCCAAUUCAAAAAACUGUCGACAACACUGAGAAUCUGAGAUACUAGUAGAGAAACCACAGAGGAUUUUGGGAGAUCAUCAACCAUAUUGGGAUAAGAAGCAAGAAAUCAUAACCCAUUUAACAUUGACUUGAAACUUUCUCAUAAACUCUCACCAAUGGCAUCACGAGCUGGGGGUCUGGUUCAAGAUCAGAAUAUAAAUAUCCACUACAAUGAAACUUCUGUUGGCUGGAAGACAAACGGCUCUAAAGCGCCUCCAAGGAAAGGAGUGCUAGGUGGAAGGACACCACUUGGUGAUUUGUCAAAUUCACUGAAGCCUUCUCUGAAUCAGGCAUCAAAGAAGCAUAACUCUAGCAUUGCCUCCUUAGCUGAGAAAGAGACUGGUGCCUCUUUAAAUGCACUUGACGCAACCAAGAAGAAAAGUACCUCUAAACCUUCAGGGAAGGUGCAAACCAAUGGUAGAAAGGCGCUUUCUGACAUUUCAAAUUCAGGGAAGCCAAACCUGAAUGAGGGAUCGAAGAAGAACUACAAUGCAAAGUUAAGUGUUGUGGCAGAGGAGUCAAUUGAUGCCAAUGCAAUUGCAGAGGAACAGUUUCUGCACAAUCAUCAAGAAUGCAUCAAAGCACAAGCAAGAGCCAUGGACUUGGAUCAAUUUCUACAAACAAUUGGACUAGACAAUGGUUUUCCCAAACUGCGGGCAAAUCCUAUGUCAAUUAAGGCUCAGAGUCCCCCAAGGCACUUGGAACUGGAAGAGAUGUUUAAAGAUCCAUCCUGGAAACACAAGCCAUCUAGCAAACUUGAUUCUCCGCCUGCAUGCAGUACUCCAAAAUCACCAAAGCAUUAUAUGCAUCUUGACUACAACUUUAAGCUGUUAGAAUCCCCAUAGAUGCCAAUGCAUUGAUUUCCCUCAUCAAUGCCUGUCUGGGAAGCCGUAAUUUUGCAGCAGUCAUGCGAUUUCCAUCUUUUUGCUUUCUUGUUUGGAUUGGAACGGAAUUUAUGCCUGAUAUGGAUAGUAGACUAUUGUAGAAUAUGCAGCGAUAGUGUGAGACAAUUCUUAAGGGUUAAACAUUGCUGUUGCUUUUGGUAUUACUGAUUGAAGCACAUAGGUGGUAUGAUCAUUAUCUUAUUUUCUAGUAGUUAAAACUUACUUGGAAGUUUUUCCCCUUGCAAAUA